GCGUAGCAUACAUGGGGCGUUUAUUCGGUGGUCUUGGAAGUCACAAAUACAAGUGUUGACCCUGAACUGAGCUGAGUUUAAUAAAGUAGUGUCUCAUUCAGCCCGAGAAGCUCCACAUUCGGUCUGUUACCAUCGGAGGUGUCUGUUUGGAGUUGAGCGAGGCAGCGGUUUUCCAUUCUCGCCUUUCGUGACGAGUCACUUCCUCCACACGGCUCUUUAGGUGUUGAGGUGUUCAACGGUUUCACAUUUAAAGCACAAACCACAGCCGUUGUGCUGCACUCCUCCUGCUGCAUUGUCUGCUCUGUCAUGUUAUCUUCUUUAUUAAACAUGAUGCAAAGGGGUCAAACAAGUGGCUUGGUAAUUCUCCUCCUGACUACUUUUAAUUCAGGUGUCCUCCUCCUGAGAAGCGACGGCUGGGCCGAGCCUCCCUCUGACUCCCAGCCGCCCUCUCAGGCACGCAGAGACCAGCCGGAGUGGCAGCGCUCCGAGGCAGCUCCUCCAAUAGGUGCACAUCCUCCAAUAGGUGCACAUCCUCCAAUAGGUGCACAUCCUCCAAUAGGGACGUACAUGCUGAACAACACUGAUGGAAAACCUUGUAUCAAGGCAACCAUGGGAGCAGAGUACAUUGUCAAUGAAAAGAGGAAUACUUGGUAUUUCAACCUGGACCCCUCCAGGGUCCAAACCAGCGGUCAUUGUGGCAAAGACGCUGCUGUUCUCUGUCUCACGCUGCCCGACAAUGCAGCCAGUCUGCAGUUCACCUUCCGAAAGGAUAAGAAUUUGUUCUACGUUGACAAGUUGACUGCUCAUGUGUCUCCUCCACCUGACUGCCAAGCAUGUGCAAACAAAACUUGCUCCCGUUCGUGGGCUGAUGAAAAGCUGUUUGCAGCCAGAGACGGACAGAGCUUCACCUGCCAACACGAGCAAGUCCUGUGGAUGUCGUCGGAGCUGAGGGUCAAGCUGCUUCCUCUGCAGAUGCAGGCCUUCACUCUGCCCAAAGGACAGUAUGGAACAGAGGUGGAGUGUUGGUCCGACUUUUACAGACGAGUUAUCCCCGUCAUCGCUGGGGCCACAGGGGUGGGCCUUGUUCUGAUAGCUUUGUUGACCUUCCUGUUCAUCAGAGACCGCCGUGCAGGCGGAUACGAAAGGCUGUGAAACCAUGUGAAGCUGGAUAGAAAUACACUCAAUCUGAUUUUACACUUACAAAAAGUUUUCAAAAUUACUUUCCUGAUCUUGAAAUUUACUUUUUGUUCUUGGGAUACUUCAAAUAAUACUACAAAAUAUUUUGUAUGUCUAAAAAAUGACUAUUAUUGCAAUAAUUGUGUUAUAUUGGAUUGAUUAUUCUUUUUUAUGUUUUACAAAUAUCUUCAAUUCAGCUUGUAAUGAAAUAUUUUCUGUUUGAUGAAAGAUGAUGAGAGGUGGGCUAAAAAUGUAUGUAUGAUUUAUUACAGACCAUCAAUGAAACACACCAUUGUGUGGUAGGAUUUUUUAUAAUACAAUUAUUCACCCUAAAUGGAAGGAAAAACUAUAAAAUUAAGAUUUGCGGCUUUAUUACCUGAUUAGCCGUCAGCCCUGGUGGGCUAUAUUGAACAAUAAGACGUCUCUUUUAAUAAAAUAUAUAUUCUUUAACGUACAAACACAUAGCUCAAAUAUUUGAAUUAGUUUGAAUGUUGUGAAUGUUCAAUGUUAUUUUUUUCUUUGGCUUUUUGGCUUUC